ACAACGGGCACCCAAAGCUAGUCCCAGACUGAGCAAAGACAGACACCCUAAUGACUACACCUCCGGAGCGCUAUGGAUUUGACUAAAAUGGGUCUGAUACAGCUCCAGAACCCCAGCCAUCCCACGGGACUUCUGCACAAAGCCAACCAAAUGCGCCUGGCAGGGACUCUGUGUGAUGUGGUCAUCAUGGUGGACAAUCAGGAGUUCCACGCUCACCGGACCGUGUUGGCUUGCACUAGUAAAAUGUUUGAGAUCCUGUUCCACCGUAACAGCCAGCAUUACACCUUGGACUUCCUUUCACCAAAGACCUUUCAGCAGAUUCUGGAAUACGCUUACACCGCCACCCUCCAGGCUAAAGUUGAAGACCUGGAUGAUCUUCUGUACGCAGCCGAGAUCCUAGAAAUAGAGUACCUGGAAGAGCAGUGUCUGAAGAUCCUCGAGACCAUUCAGGCUUCCGAUGACAAUGACACUGAAGUUAACAUGGCGGAGGGUGGCACCGAAGAGGAGGAGGAUAGGAAAUCUAGGUACAUCAAAAACCUAUUUAUCUCCAAGCAUUCCAGUGAGGAGAGUACCUACGCCAGCAUGGCCAGCCAGAGUUUAACGGGGGCCAUGGUGGACCAGAGCCCGUCCGUCUCGACUUCCUUCGGUCUCUCUGCCAUGAGCCCCACCAAGGCAGCUGUGGACAGUUUGAUGACCAUUGGGCAGUCGUUACUGCAAGGUGCGCUGCAGCAGCACGCCUAUUUAUCUCCAAGCAUUCCAGACUUGCACUCCAUGGGCAGCCGGCAGCCGGGGCUCUCCGACGUGAAAACAGAAGUGAUGCAAGUGGAGGAGGCUUCUAGCCACGAAAGCCCCCGGACGGCAGAGUCCGGCACUUCUGGCGGGGACAAGUUGGAUGACAAAGGCAAGGAAGGGCCUGGAACUCCCACCCGUAGCAGUGUUAUCACAAGUGCCCGCGAACUGCAUUAUGCCCGGGAUGAGAACACGGAGCAGCCCCCCGAGUUGGGCCCAGGAGCGCCCGUCGGCCCGGAGCACUCAAUCUCUCCCACUGAGAAACACCUGAGUAUUUAUUCAGUGCUACCAAAUCACAAAACGGACUCUCUGCUCAGCCUGCCGUCCUCCAUGCCGCCGGCGCUUCACAUGCAGCCCGCUCUGGCCGUGUCCAUGGACUUCAGCGCGUACGGCGGGCUCCUGCCUCAAGGCUUUAUUCAAAGGGAGCUCUUCAGCAAGCUGGGGGAAUUGGCGGCCGGCAUGAAAACUGAAAACCGAGCCAUCGGGGAGCAGUGCAGCGUUUGCGGGGCAGAGCUGCCCGACAACGAGACGGUGGAGCAGCACAGGAAGCUGCACAGUGGUAUGAAGACUUAUGGAUGUGAGUUGUGUGGGAAACGAUUCUUGGAUAGCUUGCGGCUCCGAAUGCACUUACUGGCUCACUCAGCGGGUGCCAAAGCAUUUGUCUGUGAUCAGUGCGGUGCACAGUUCUCUAAGGAAGAUGCCCUGGAGGCGCACAGACAGACACACACCGGGACUGACAUGGCCGUCUUCUGCUUGCUGUGCGGGAAGCGGUUCCAGACCCAGACUGCCCUGCAGCAGCACAUGGAAGUGCACGCAGGAGUGCGCAGCUACAUCUGCAGCGAGUGCAACCGCACCUUCCCCAGCCAUACGGCCCUCAAGCGGCACCUGCGUUCACAUACAGGUGAUCACCCCUACGAGUGCGAAUUCUGUGGCAGCUGCUUCCGGGACGAGAGCACGUUGAAAGGCCAUAAGCGCAUCCACACUGGAGAGAAACCAUACGAGUGCAACGGCUGUGGCAAGAAGUUCAGCCUCAAGCACCAGCUGGAGACCCACUACAGGGUGCACACAGGUGAAAAGCCUUUUGAAUGCAAGCUGUGUCACCAGCGGUCCCGAGAUUACUCCGCCAUGAUCAAACAUCUCAGGACCCACAACGGCGCUUCUCCCUACCAGUGCACUAUCUGCCUGGAGUAUUGUCCUAGCCUGUCUGCCAUGCAGAAACAUAUGAAGGGCCACAAGCCAGAGGAGAUCCCCACCGACUGGAGGAUAGAGAAGACCUAUCUCUACCUUUGCUAUGUUUAAGGGACAUGGAGGAGGGGGAGAUUUAAGUCAGGAAGGACUGGGCAAAAAAAUGCAUCAUCCAUGGCCUUUUAAUUCUGUUGUGUACUGAAAGGGUUCUCCGCUUUUGUUUCUGGCUUGUGAGGUGUUUGUACGGGGGAGGGGGGAAUGAUUCCCUCUUUUACUUUGUGUGUUCUCCGUGCAGUCGGUGAGACAACACCUCCGAAUCGAGCCACAGCCAAAUAUCUGUCGUGUUUUGUGACUACGCACGCCAAGGGCUUCGGAAAAGAGCAGGUGAAAUGACACUCUGGGGAAGGGGAGGGUCCGUCCAGGGCAGGCUUUAGGGUCUGAGAUGGUGGGAGGUUUUCCUUUCCAGGUUUGACUUUCUCCCCCUUGAUUUUUGCCACGUACGUUGAAUUUGCUCAGGCCCUGUGUACAUUUCAAAUGGCCGCCUCCCGAGGUUGCGUAGGGCUGUGAAAAACGUUGCACCCCGAAUGUUGUGGGGAGAGGGACCUGGCCUGAGGUGUGGAGGUGGCUAGGUUGGCAGGAUUCGUCUCUCAGAGAGAUGGAUUGAGUAUGGCGGGAAAACCCCUUGUACGACGGCACGGCAGUGCUGUUCCAGCCACUGUGAUGUAGACAUGUACUCAGGCACCUCCCUUCAUUCAGCUGCCUCCUGAACAACCUCCCCAGUCGGUGGCAGUAUAAUGCCUGUCAUUAAGACCCCCCCUCGGGGAGUUCCCCUGCAAAUUAGCUCAGACGUCCCUGUUUGGGAUACCCAGACAUAUGUCCUAGCCAGGGCAGAUGAUGUGCAGCGUGGCAGGCGGGUGACUGGAAGUUUGCUAGUUGCGCUAACGAUGUGGCAGGCCGUGUUGCCGUCGAGGUUUCCAGUUGCUAGUGGCUUGGGAAGCCCCGUGAGGUUUUGGGUUUUUUUUUUCCUGCCUGCCCAACUGGAGACACCCUGAAUUUCAGAACAUGCUGAUCACCCUUGCGUGGUGUCUCCCGUCGGGCAUGCGGAAUUCCUAGUCCAUCUGGCACAGCUUGGCGGAAGUGAAGGGCACCACCAGAAUUUUCCUCAGGGCCUGAGUGCAAGGAGGCCUUCCCAGCAGGGCGCCCGUGCCAGGUGGACUGCAGGUGCCCGGUGGGUACAGCGCAGUUCAGGGCGGGGCAUGGUUCUCAGAGAGCACCCGGGAAGGAAGCAAUAGAAUGUGCCAUCCUGGGCCAUCCUAGAGCUGGGGCAGGAUGCAGCCCAGAUAGCCACAGGGGGUGCCAUGCUGCCCAUGGGCCUCCUGUGCCCCCGUUCCCUGUGAAAAGACCAUGCCGCAUGAUGGAAGUCCCCCUUCCCUCAGGUUGAGAUGUGCUGGGCCUCCUCUCCCAGCCAGCAACACCAGGACUGAGGGGUGGGGAUGCAGGUGCCUCACCCAUUACCUCCUGGGUGGGAGGCUUGUCCCUGGCCACAGAGUUACUCUGCCCUGCUCUGACAUGCAAGGGAGAAGGCUGCUGGGUCCCUGCUCCGUUCCAGCUAAGAGAAGGCUGUUCCAUAUCACACCCUAUGGGCAUAAGUAAAACAAAUCUGAACUCGGCUAGAAGGUGUUUCCCCCUCUGCCCCUUGGGCUGCCGUGUUUCCGAUGGCAACGAGAUUCCUGGAAAUGUUUCCAGGUUAUUCAUGACAUCUGAAAACAAAACUAAACCUGUUUUGGAGAAAAUGAAUUUGAAGAAAAAAUCACCUGGAAGGAAACUAUUCUAAAUAACUGCAGUGAUGGAAUUGAAGUGUGCCCAGGACGGCCUGCAUGCCUGGUAGUGGGAAGCAGGCUGGGGAGUUAGACUAGGAUAUAAUUAUCCUGCUGCAUAGGACAGGCAGGGUGACUUCUCAGCCUCGCGUGGAGGAUGCAGUCAGAGAGCCCCCCCUCGAUCACGCUCCUCAAUUAGCAAAGUUGUGGUUGCGUUGUCACUUAGUCCGAUGGGAUGCUGACAGCUCUUGAGCCUCUUCUUCAUGCACAGAAAGUUGCAGUGGAUGUUUUGAUCAAUGGUCGCUACUCCUCUGACAGCCAAGUAGUGCUGCCGGGAAUACCACUAUAAUCCAAGCUACUUGGGUUUUUUAGGCGGAAGCCAGUCUGUUCCAGAACUUACAACUUGGCUCUAAAAAUUGCCUCUAGGCUGCGACCCUCUCUCCUGACCAAAGACCUUUCUGUGCAUGUGUUUCAUUCUUUUUGGCUUGUUCUUGAGGGGAAGGAGUUAGAACCAGAUGGAAAGGGCAAAUCUUCCAGCCGGUUUGUCAAAUCCCAGCGAUUGGACAAGCGUGUCUUCAAAUGCUCUUCAACUGCCCCCUAGUGCCUGGGUAUUGUCAGGGGUCUGAAGGAAUGAUGGCCGAGCUUGUAUCUGCUCCUCUUGCAAACACAUGCAGUAUAUCUCCUGGCUUGCAGUGCGGCGCAGCGACUCAGGCUGGCUAAAUGCUUACCUGUCCGUUUGACCUAAAUUUGUCCGAUUUUGAAGAAUGGGGAGUAAUUCACAAGUUCAGGUGUCGGAUUUUGUAUGUAUCAUGCUGCUGGGUCGCUCACUUUUUUGUCUCUGCUGAUGCCACGCCUAGCAAUUCAAUGGUAUUCUUUUUUUAAAGCAAGAGCCCUUUAGAAAUCAUCCUUGUUCUGACUGCAGAGGCUUUGCUCUGAAUGGGUAAAUUCAUUUGGUUUUGGUUUCCCCCCCCCCGUUCCAAAACAAGAUCAUAGAAAUUAAUUUUUUUGCCCAGCCCUCUGUCCAGGAAGCUAUGAAGGAGCGAAUGGUUAAAAGAUGGCUUUUCUUUGUGUAUGACUUUGGGGUUUUAUUGUCUUUGUUUUAAUUUUGAAUAUUUCUAUUUAGCACAUUUUACUUGAAAUUACCUCGUUUUUUUUGUGACCUCAUGAGCUUUUAUUGUUGGGUUGGAGUUUUUUUGGGUUUUUUAAUAAAUGAACAGGUUGUUCAAAAGGCCAUGCCGCAGAUCGGUGACGUGCGGUAUACGAAUCGCGUGCUCGAUGAGAGUGCAAAAGUGCCAUGGCAGCCGCAAAAGCAAUUUUACGGUGUUUUUUGUGCAUUAUCAUUACCAAAAUUGGUAUUUUUUUCACGGCCGGCCUUGACGGAGCUGGGGUCGUUGAUUCUGAAAGCUACCUCUUGUGUUUUGGUUUUUGUUUUUAUUUUGCAGUUAUGAAAAGCACAUUUUGCAAUAUUUGUGUUCGCUUUGUGAUGUCAUUUCAAUCUUCAUCUCAUGCUUUACUUGCAAUUGUAUAUUAUGUUGUAAUUUAGCUGCAUUUAUAUUAAACAAAAAAAGUUAGGGAAGUAUUUUGUAGAUGGAAGUAAAGGGAAAAAAAGAGGGGUAUUAUACUGCUGUGCCCACCCUAUCCCCUACCUUGUCUCAACUGUCGGGAAAAAAAUUGAAGGCCUUAAAACUGGGGGAAAUAAUUUCAUGUGACAGUGGAGCAAGGUAACUUAAGGUUUAGUGAAGAUUUAGUGCUUUGAAAAGGAAAGAGUUAAACUUGAAUAUGUGAAUAGAACAGUAGAGUCUUGUUUAUAAUGUGAAAAAUGUGAGUAUAAAAUCACUUCGGGCAGAACUCAGAGAAAUAAAUAUGCACUAACGCAUCAAUUUUGCGUUAGCCAGCGAUGGCCAUGAGAUAAUCUCCAUCUCAAAACUAAAACUGAUGUCAAAAAUGUUUAAGGUGUUCCACAAAAUUAACCCAUUCUUCCCAUCCACCCUGGCCCCCAUUCACCGAGCUGAAAGGGUUGAACUGAUAUUUACAAAGUGUAAUAUUUUUGUAAUAUUUGUUAGUCCCUGUGUCGGUUUCCACAGGACCUUGCCCUUCCUUUUGUAAUGUGAACAGGAAUUGUGUGUGCGUGUGCGUGCGUGUGCGUGUGUAUGCUUUUUGUGCGUGCGGUUGUGUAUUAAAUCAUGCAGUAUUGUUGUAAUCCAGUGUUGCAGCCUUGGAUGGUACUAAAUCAAACUCAUGCAGCUUCAAAAUCACAUGCAGGAAAUGUAUGCAAACGUGCUUGUCAAGUGCAGAUUGCUUCCAUCUGCUAAGACUCGAGGUGGAGGGAAGGGGGAGGGUGGGACAGGCAGGACUGUAGAUGUUGGUGAUUUAACAAUAAUUUCUUUUUAUUGUUUGGAGUUUCGCUACUCCUGGGAAACCAUCAUCUGUGUUUACUGUUCACAGCAGAGAAGCAAAUUCUUCCUCAACCCGCCAAUCUAAAAGAUAUUAUUUGCUGUUGAAUGUUGGGAUGCGUGUCCAGUGACUCAGUGGCACACCACAAACACACACACACACACACA